GAUAGACUUGACACUUAUCAAGACUCUUCUGGAGCAGUCAAUCAACUUCAAUCCCCUCCAAUUGCAUCUCUACUACGCCGUCAACGAACAAUGGCCUCCUCCGCCCCCGUCCGCGCCGCCGCCCUCGCCCGCGACACCAAGGAAACGUCCAUCCAGAUCGCCCUCAGCAUCGACGGCGGCCAGCUCCCCAAGGAUGCCGACCCCAGGCUGCUCGACAUCACCAGCCCGCACGCCUCGCAGUCCAGCCCGUCGCAGGUGAUUGCCAUCAACACGGGCAUCGGCUUCCUCGACCACAUGCUGCACGCGCUGGCCAAGCACGCCGGCUGGAGCAUGGCGCUCAACUGCAAGGGCGAUACUUACAUUGAUGACCACCACACCGCCGAAGACUGCUGCAUUGCCAUCGGCGACGCCUUCGCCAAGGCCCUCGGCAACCUCGCCGGCGUCGCCCGCUUCGGCUACGCCUACUGCCCCCUCGACGAGGCCCUGUCGCGCGCCGUCGUCGAUCUGUCCAACCGCCCGUACUCCGUCGUCGAUCUCGGCCUCAAGCGCGAGUUUCUCGGCCAGCUGAGCACGGAGAUGAUCCCGCACUGCCUGCAGAGCUUUGCGCAGGCCGCGCGCGUGACGCUGCACGUCGACUGCCUGAGGGGCGACAACGACCACCACAGGGCGGAGAGCGCGUUCAAGGCGCUGGCGGUGGCGAUUCGUAUGGCGACGACGAGGGUUGCGGGCAAGGAGGGGGAGGUCCCUAGCACCAAGGGGACGUUGAGUGCGUGAGGAUGGGGAAAACAAAGACAUGGUCGAAGUAAAGGUGCAGAAACAAAGGUGAUGAUGAUUGGGUUAUAGAACGAAAAAGAUUUCGCAGUGGAUGGAGUUUGGAGUAUUUGUUGGAUACUGGGCCCCGUGAUGAGGUGCGGGUUAUACCGGGCUAUGAAAGACGAGC